GGUUGUAUAAGUACAGAACCGAAACGGAGAAGAACCGAGAAUGGCGAAGUGUUUAGAGUGAAAAACUCGGACGCACCCCACUCAGCUCGCCAACCGCUGCCGUCACUCUCGCCUGCAGACAUGGCGAAGCGGAGCUGCUCCUGCAUUUUCUACGCUGCAGCGUUCCUGUGGGCGCUCCUGCUCGGCCCAGCCGUAUGCUCUGCCAAGAAGCACAACACUCUGUUCGUGUUCGGAGACUCCCUCUUCGACCCCGGCAACAACCAGUACGUGAACGCCACUCCCGGCGGCCGCGGCGGCGGCAUGGCCACUUCCCUGCCUUAUGGAGAGACCUACUUCAAGCACGCCACCGGACGGCUCUCCGACGGUCGCCUCGUCCCCGACUUCAUCGCUGAGUUUGCUAAGCUGCCUAUUCUUCCGCCAUAUUUGCAACCGGGGACCCAAAAUUUGACCGACGGAGCUAACUUCGCGUCAGGCGGAGGAGGUGUUCUGCCCGGCGACCAUCCCGGACCGAUUGAUUUGGGAAAGCAACUGGGCUACUACAAGGAAGUGGUGAAAUCGCUGAGAGCGAAGCUAGGCGAUGCCGGGGCCAAAAGGGUCCUCAUGAGAGCCGUCUAUCUGUUCAGCAUUGGAGGGAACGACUACUUUCGCCUCUACAACACAAAACCAAACGUCACUCAAUCUUACCGCCGCGAAUACGUAUCGAUAGUUGUCGGCAACAUCACCUCGGCUCUCAAGGAAAUCUAUGGGCUCGGCGGACGAAAAAUCGCGUUCCAGAAUGCAGGGCCUCUGGGCUGUGUGCCAAGCAUGAGAGCCAGGAGCAACGGAACUGGCUGUGCGGAGGAACUGCAAGCUCAUGCCAGACUUCACAACCGAGAGCUCGCAAUCGCCCUCAGGAAGUUGAAGACCGAGUUGCCGGGAUUCGAAUAUUCGAUCUUUGAUUACUACAACUCGCUCAAAGACCGGAUCUUUAACCCUUCCAAAUAUGGCUUCGAGGAUGGGCAGGCGGCGUGUUGCGGCUCUGGACCAUACCGAGGAUCGAGCUGCGGGGGGACACAGAAAUAUGAGGUGUGCAGUGACCCGAGCGAGUACAUUUGGUUCGACGGUGGGCACACGACUGAGGCCGCGAAUUACCAGCUGGCGCAACUUAUCUGGAGCGCGGCAGCGCCCGUCACAGGGCCUUCCAACGUGAGGCAACUAUUCACUAAAGGGAAAGGACAUAGUGCACGCUUGAUUUUGCAGACCGAAAUUUCAUUCAUCCUUGCGAAACUGCAAUUCGCCACUCAAAUGACCAUGCUUCACAUGGAUAGUUUCCGCUCCCUCUUCCUCACAUUGUCCUUCUGCGCAAUCCUCCUGCUUCCCCCGAGCUGCCGCGCCGAGCUGCCGGAGAACCACGUCGCGUUCUUCAUCUUCGGGGACUCGCUCUUGGAUUCGGGGAACAACAUUUACCUGAGUGGCGGCGGCGGGGCUGAUUCCUUGCCCUAUGGAGAGACCUUCUUCAAGCGCCCGACCGGACGGGUCUGCGACGGGCGGAUCGUUCCCGACUUCAUAUCUGAAUAUGCAAAGCUUCCAUAUAUCAAACCGUACUUGGAGCCCGGGUUCACCGACUACACCAACGGGGUCAAUUUCGCAUCUGCCGGAGCCGGCGUUCUCCCGGAAACUCAUCCCGGAACUCUAUACUUUAAGCUGCAACUGAACUAUUUCGAGGAGGUCGUGAAGGGGUUGAAGCGACAAUUAGGUGACGCCGAUGCCCACAAGUUGCUCUCGAAGGCGGUCUAUCUGUUCAGCAUCGGAGGGAACGAUUACAAUGCCAUUCAGAACAAUCCCAAAGCAACUGCAUCUUUCAGGAAAAUGUACAUGACCAUGGUCCUGGGCAAUUUCACAGCGGGGAUCAAACAACUGUAUGCACAUGGAGGGAGGAAAUUCGCCUUCCAGAACGUCGGGCCGGUCGGGUGCAUGCCGGCCGCUCGAGCCCCGUCUGGUUCCGAGGGAUGCUUGCACGACCCAACCGUGAUAGCGAAGAUGCACAACAUAGCCCUGUCGAGACUGCUGAAGAGGAUCGAACAGGGGCUACCGGAAUUCAAAUACGCCCUGUUCGAUUACUACACUUCCCUCACCAUGAGGACUCUAUACAGCUCGAAAUUCGGGUUCAAGGAUGGGAAGACUGCUUGCUGUGGGAGUGGCCCAUACAAUGGCCAAUUAUUCUCAUGUGGGAAAAAGAAUGGCACAACAAGCGCUUACAAUCUAUGUAGCGACCCAAGUGAGUAUGUGUGGUUCGAUGCCGCUCAUCCGACCGAGAUGGCCAACAGGCAACUCGCGUCUCUACUGUGGGACGGACCGUCUCACACCGUAGGGCCUUAUAACAUGAAGAUGUUCUUUGAAAUGCCAUAGCAGGCGUUCUGUGCU